AUGUAUGGAUUAAAAGCACGUUUAAAUAAUCAACAAGUGUUUUUAGAAAUAAAGCAAAAGAAAUUAUUUAUAAAAAAUACUAAUAUAAUCCUCCAUUUAUCAGACAUUUUAUCUUUAAAAACUAAACAAGACGGAGAUUUAUAUUAUUUGAUGAUAAUUAGUAAAUCUGAUAAGUUAAUUCUAGAAUUUAUUAAUUUUAAUAUAAGAGAUCUUUGUAAAUCUCUUAUAUUAGCAUCUAUAAAUAAUACUGAUACUUAUAAAGAGAUAGAUUAUGAUACUAAAAAAUUUAUUACUUCACUAUCGGCACCUCUUCUUACAAUAUUUAGUGAUAUGAAUUGUACUAUCUCACAGUUCUACAAUUAUUUUAUGCAAAGUAAUUUUUAUGAUUCAAGGAAUAAACCAACAUCUUUAGAUAGAUUAAUUACAGAAAAAUUAAGAGAAGAUACAUGUGAUAAAGUAAAUAUUAAUUCACUUACUAGAAUUAAUAAUUACUCAUUUCUAAUGGUUCAUGAAGAUACUAUUAGUAAACCACUAAAUUAUUUUCCUAAAGAAAUUAGUUUUGAACCUAUUUAUGAUUUAGAAGAAGAAGUUUUAGAAGAAACUGAAACUUUAGAUGUAGAAGUGGAGGAGACGGGAAUUGAACUCAAAACAGAAAGAAAAGUUUUAAAAAAGAUUUUGGAAAUUAGUAAGAAAAAGUGGAGAGGGGAAGAAAUUGAUGAAGA